GCAAGGGAAAUAUUGUUUUGAAUCAAAGUCCCUGCCAGUUCUUCAGUCAGUUGUGUUAAAUUAUUUAUUGUUUCUUUGUAUAAUAUUUUAAUUAUGAUGAAUUGUGAAUUAUAAUAUUAAAAAUCACUAAUAUGUGCGUUCGAGGAGAUCUGAAUAUAUGAAACUGAAUAUCCAUCACAUUCAAGUGAUGUCUUAGGUUUACUCAGGAUCAAUUAAGAUGUCUAAGAGGUUAAGCAGGCUGUCUGCUUCUUUUCAGCGACACAAACACAGAGGUUCAAAGAUGACGAAGAUUAAGGAGUCAGACAAGCCAGUCAUCUCCUCCCCAUUGAACUUCGAGCACACUGUCCAUGUGGGGUUUGAUCCUCUCACAGGUGAAUUCACGGGUAUGCCGGAGUCCUGGGCCCGUCUGUUGUCGCAGUCAGAGAUUUCCCUGCAAGAGCGCAAAAAGAACCCGCAGACCGUCUUGGACGUGCUGAAUUUCUACGAAUCUUCCACCAAAAAGCAGGACGACUCAAAGUUUUUAACAAACAUCAAACCUCCUAGUGCCAAUUCUUUGCGACCCACUAUAUCAGACAGUUUGAACCACUUAACAUUGAACAAUACUGCAACAGUGCCACAUGUCCAAGUGAAGCCAGUGGAGACGUCCGGCCUGCCCACGCCUGAGGGGGAGGAUGAGACAGAUGAAGCCCCACCUCCUCCCAUAGCAACACGCCCCGACAAGACUAAAUCCAUAUACACAAAACCAAUAGAAGACGACAAACCAAAUGGCACAUUGACGAACAAAAAUGACAGACCAAAGAAAAAGAAAAUGACAGACGAGGAAAUAAUUGAAAAGUUGCGAACAAUUGUUACUAUUGGUGAUCCAAACAGGAAGUACACAAAAAUGGAGAAAAUUGGACAGGGAGCUUCAGGUACAGUGUACAUAGCAAUAGAGGUGGCAACGGGUCGUGAGGUGGCCAUAAAGGCGAUGAAGUUGUCACAGCAACCUAAAAAGGAGCUCAUUAUCAAUGAAAUCCUCGUUAUGCGGGAACACCAGAACCCCAACAUUGUCAACUUCCUGGACAGUUAUCUUGUUGAUGAUGAACUAUGGGUUGUAAUGGAGUACCUAGCCGGUGGGUCCCUGACAGACGUGGUCACAGACACAUGUAUGGAUGAGGGGCAGAUUUCAGCUGUGGCAAGAGAGUGUUUGCAAGCCUUGGAAUUUCUGCAUGAGAACAACGUUAUACACAGAGAUAUCAAGAGUGACAACAUUCUGCUGGGAAUGGACGGGAGUGUAAAACUGACUGACUUUGGUUUUUGUGCUCAGCUGUCACAAGAACAGAACAAGCGGUCCACCAUGGUGGGAACACCAUACUGGAUGGCUCCAGAAGUUGUAACACGGAAACAGUAUGGACCAACAGUGGACAUCUGGAGUUUGGGGAUCAUGUGUAUCGAAAUGAUAGAGGGAGAGCCACCCUACCUGAAUGAAAACCCCAUCAGAGCUCUGUACCUGAUUGCGACCAAUGGAAAGCCAGAGAUCAAAGAGAAGCACAACCUAUCGCCGGUGUUCCAGGACUUCUUGGACCAGUGUCUGGAGGUGGAUGUGGAGAAGAGAGCCAACGCCUCACAGCUACUCAAACACCCGUUUCUGCGACUCGCCAAGCCCUUGUUGAGCCUUGUUCCGUUAAUAAUGGCCUCCAAAGAUUCUCAAAAGGGACAUUAGUCACCAUAGUUACCAGAACUGCUGGUUUGGAAGCCGUGUUGGUGUCCUCUGCAUUACCAAAGACAAUCAUAGAUCUUGUGUGAACAUGUGACAAUGAAGAAUCCAGUCAUUUCAUGGGUAUUGUCCUAUAGAACUCUUCAGUUGUGGGGUCAUGGUGUAUUUUGUUCCUCACUCUCAGACUCAAACAUGUUUUAAACGGAAAAAUGGUAUUGUUUUUGGCCAAAAUGUACUCAGUGAUGAGCACUUUGUGGCCAAGAUUUCUACACCUUGUUAAAACAAAUAAAGUAAUUGAGGUUUUCCACUUAGUGGAAUAAUUAUAUCAAUUAUACACGCAACCAUAUGUGUCUUGUUCUGAGAAAACUUGGCUUAAUUGCAGUGUGUAAAGUGUCGUCCCAGAUUAGCCUGACGACACUUUCCGCUUUUAUGGUAUUUUUAGUUUCAAGGAAGUCCCUCCUUACCAAAAACCAAGUUUAAGCGGAAAGUGUUGUGCCUGAUUAGCCUAUGCGGACUGCACAGGCUAAUCUGGGACGGCACUUUACGCACAUGAAUUAAGCCCAGUUUUCUCAGAACAAGACACAUAUAUAUAAAUGAGCCUUGAUCUGGAACAACUGGGCUGAAUGCAUGUGUCAUGUUUUGUCCCAGAAACCAAAUUUUACCCUAAAUGUAAUUUUCACAAAGUCAGCACUUCAUUUUAACAAAAUAUACCAUAUAAGGGGAAAUUGAUGUACUUGAAUAGCUUUUGUGAACGGCACAGGCUAAUCUGGGACAACUCUUUAAGUACAUGCAUUAAACCUUGUUUUCUAAGAGUCAAGCUCCAAUCGUGUGUUAAUUCAGAAGUUGUUUUCUGAUGAAUAUGUUGCCAAUUUAUGGAUACAUGUAUAUCACUGGAUAACUGCAGAUUUGUUUGAUACGUCAGCAAGUGUAGGAAUAAUUGUGUGGUUGAUGUCUGAAUAAUAGGAUUAAGUAGUGUAGGACCGGUAUGUGCCAACAAACAAUCAACAGCAAGUAUGAUGUGGUGCUGUCUGUGAGUCAUUUACAAUGUAGGUUGAACAUAAGGAGUAUUCUUAUAUGUGAUUGUACAUUGACUGAGGCCAUUUAAAUGUUUUUAGCACAUAGGCCAUUAUGUGUUUAUCACAUGUUGUGCUUAUAAAAAUGCUGAUUAUCCCUCUACCACAUAGAUAUGGUUUUCUUUUGCAUUUAUAGUCCCUUAGAAAGUUUCCUUUAAUUAAAUGCCUUUCUUACUAAAUUCAAGUUUUAAAGGCUUCAUUUCUAACUCUUAGAUACUAAUGAGCAGCAAACAACAUACAACCUGAACAGGCUGCGAGUUACUCACAGGCUGUUCUAGUUUUGUGCUGGUUGCAAAAGCCAUUUUCACUUUGCUUCUUAUGGGGGAAAGGGUUAUUAUUAUUUCUGUAAUCCUAAUUUUAUCAAUAAGGGGUGUAUGAUUUUAUGUCAAACAAAAGGCUGAAUGAAAUCCUUGAUUUAUUUAACCAUGCUGUCUUGUAACAAUGGUAUGUUGUAAUAAUGAGUACUGGUAUGUUGUAAUAAUGAGUACUGGUAUGUAUAUAAGAUGUGUAUGUGUGCAUCGUCUUUAUGUGCGUCCAUUUAUGCAUCAGUAUGUACCUUGCAUACUAACAAGCAUUCUAACAUGGUACUUGCUUAUUGAACAAAGAACAAUAUUUGUUAUGUUUUUAAACAACCUUAUUAUUCUUAUAAUAGAGGAAAAAACGCAGUUGUGAUUCUCCAUGGACUAUUGCAUAAUGCAUUGCUCAAUACAAUUGAAAAACUGUUAAUCAGAUCAUCUUGGAAUGAUUUAUCCUCGUUAAUUGGUAAAUAAUAACCCUUUUUGUUCUGUUGAAUGGUCAUUAAAGCAUUUCAACUAAAGCCCUGGUUUGCUUCCUAUACCAAAGUCUAAAUUGUUAUUUAAUAGACAGUAUUUAACAGUUAAGUCAAAAAUAAUUUGUUUACCCUUUGCAUUCUGGGAAAUUUGUCGUCUGCUAAAAUAUCGUCUGCUGAAUUUCUAAAAUUAGCAUUUUCUUCGUUUUUUUUUCAGAGAAUACUAUCAGAAUAGCUAACAGUUUGGAUCCUGACGAGACGCCACACUUUGUGGCGUCUCAUCUGGAUCCAAACUGUUUGCAAAGGCCUUCAAAAUUUAGUUCCAGCGCUGAAAGAGUUAAUGCAAUACCUGCAGAUGCAAUAGUGGAUUUGGGAAUGUCAAGUACAUUGACUAGUCUUUCAUGUGUAAGCAUUCAUAGACAUACCGGUACAUACUAUUUAUUUAGAAAACAUCCAAAAAUUCAAACACUAUAGGGUCAACUUUUAGUUAUAUUAUUAUGUUUAACCUAAACAGUUAACCAUCUAAAAACCUUAAACAAUAUUAAUAAGAUUGUUUUUAUAAGCCAUUGUCUUGACUUUACAUAUUUGAGCAUUGGAACCCAAAGAAAAAUAAAGUUCAAGAUAAUGAAAAGAAUAUAGACAAAGAAGAAAGGCUCAAUAUGUUGACUUCCAUGUUGUAUUUUUAUUGGUACUUAAAUAAGCAACAACAAAAACAAGUAUCGGGGUAUGUGUACCACUGAACUUGAUAUGAUCUGCUUUUAAUGAGAAUUGUACAUUUGCUUUUGGAUGGCAUGUCAGAAUUUUUUUAUAAUAAUAUCACAAUGGUUACUUGAUAAAUAUAUGGAGUUGACUGAGGGGUGACCAAGGAUGGAGAGGUGGGGAAGUUUGGAAGAUACCGGUAUUUUGUCUUGGGGAUGGUAUAGUAGUAGUUGAUUUUAGAUUUUUUAUUCUUGUAUGUUUUGAUCUGAUUUUUUUUUGGGGGGGGGAGGCCUAGUCACAUUUUGUGAUUGCACAAGCUUUCAUAUUGUACCAAUUCGUUUCUUGUUAAUUGCUUUUAUGAUUUAGUUUUCACAUGUUGUAUUAGUAUUUAUUCAUUUUUGUACAUGUAAAUGUAUAUUAUAUUUAUAGGUUUUAGAUCUACAUCCUACUGUUUUGGGUAUAACUAUUUAUUGUAUACGUGUAUGUAUACUUAAUGUAAAUUCAUGGUUGCCAUUGUUUGUUUACUACAAUAUUUAAAUGUACAUGGUAUUAGUGUGUGAUGCUUUUGAUUCAGUAUAUUUUGUGACAUAUUAUGGUAUUUGAAAUUUUAAUCAAAAUGUCUACAGCUGCAAACAUUUAAUCUUUUAAAAUUCAUUUAAUUACUUUUUUAUGACUCACACAAAAUUGUCCAUAGUAGAAGCCCAUUGUUUAAAGCAAAUAAAAGUUUUGAAACAAUCUUUCAAAACCCCACAAAUUGCAGUUGACUUUGUUAAGGCUAAAAUAGUUGUCAGGUCAAAGAAAGAAUGGUAAUAAUUAAUACAUAGGCAUUCUUUAUCAGUAAACAUAAAAAAGUUGUUGUGGAUUUUAUGCCUAGUUAUUUAACUAUUUCCUUGUGAUUUAAUUCUAAAUCAGAUCGUAAAUGUGUUUAAUAGUUAAAAACUCGAAAUGGAAAUUAUUUCUAAAUUAUAGCCGUUGCAUGUAUUUUAAAGUAUUUAUAGUCUUUUUUAAAACUUUCACAAACAUUUUAUCUUAGAAUACUUGUGCCCAAAAUAAAAAAGUAUGAUAUCAAUAAUAACAUAUUUCACUUUAGAUUUAAAAAUGUUGACAAUGUAAGUCAGAGUAGCUUUAAUAUUUAUGAACAAUUUUUGAGUGUCUCUUGUUAUGUUGAUUGAAAUAUGUUGAUGUCGGUGAGUGUAGAAUGCUGGUUGAUUUUAAGAAUAGACCAGUAGAAAAAUGCCACAAGUUAUUAGGUAUGAAUUGUUUGUAUUGUUGUUCUAACUCGGAGCCUAGAAGCUGUUACUGUUAUGAACACUAGUAAGAAGUUUUUAAUAAUGAUAAUAUUAUCAACUUCAAAUAUGUAAAUGUAGUAAAGUUUAUACAUGUCAUUCAUUCAUUGUCAUAUUUACUGAACAAAUUCAUAUGUGCUGCACUGUGGGAAAACCAGGCCAAAUCCUUGUGUUUUAACCCUUUACCACUUAGAUACGUAUUUUCAUGCAUUUGCAGUCCCUUAAAAAGUUAUAUUUAAUUUAAGACCUUUUUCUCACAAUAUUCAAGUUGUGAAGGCUUCAUUUCCUAUAUACUGAUGAGCAGCAAACAGCAUAAAACCUGAACAGACUGUAAGUUACUCGCAGACUGUUCUGGUUUUAUGCUGUUUGCACAUAGCCAUUUUCACUUUGGUUCUAAGUGGGAAAGGGUUGAGUGUCGCCCCAGAAGAGCCUGUGCAAAUGCACAGUAUGACACUUUACUCUCACGCAUUUAGCUCAGUUUUCGCAUAGCGCGGCAAAAUACUUUGAUAACAGCUCAUUUAUAUGCAACACUAUGUGUUCUUGUUCUUUUGAUUGCUGCAAAUAAAUUGUAGUGUGUAGAAUACUGAAAUAAAUAUAGUUGUAGUACUGGUAGAUAAUAUAGUAAACAUUUACGCAAUUGUAAAAAAAAUGUUAAAUGGGGUACUUAUAUGUUGUGCAUAAUAAGACAAAUCUGUUGUGAAACUAUAUUAAUUGAUAAUUAUAAAAUAUAUUGUAUCUGUAUUUUAUGUCAUCUGUGAUGAAAGAAAUGCAUGAUUGGAAGAUGGAAUACAUUAGGAAGUAAUAUAGGAAAACAGUCAUGCAAGCCAUUUGAAUAAGGAGAUAAAUAGUCAAGGAUUGACGUUCUGUACAUUUUCUUUAUUGCUGCAUUGAGAAGGAAUUAUCAGAGCUGGUAUUAUUGAUAUCAUAUUGAGCUAUUCGUGUACAUAUUGCACAUGACAGUGCUUUCUUGCUCAUUGCCACGUUGUACCCUUGCGCGAUGUAUCAUCACUGCAUCCCACAUCCGUUGCCAUCAGUUGCUACAUGUUUUUGUAUGAAAAUGUGAUUUUUAGCAACAAUAAAUCUAUCAAGUAAA